AUGGCAAGCCUCAACUUCGACGAAUACCUAGCAAAGAGGGGAAACUUACAGAGAACACUGUCAAAUAUAACUCAGCUGGAAAAUAAAAUCUUUACAGAACCUCCACGAUAUGAGAAUGACGCCGAAUUUUUUAAUUCUGUAAUUAGGAAAACUCAGGAACGACUAUUGACUAUAAUAAAGGACCCAAACUUCGGUCCGGAUAAAACACGUUUAUUUUGUUCUGUCUCUAGAAAAUUUCUUGGAGAUCUGAACAAUUUGGUAUUUUAUGCGGCAUCAACCAGAAAAGAGAAAUUUGAAAGAGGUAAAGUUAUUGGAGACGAAUUAGUUGACAAUGGCACGAUCUCGUUUUUCUGUAAGACAAUCGUAGAAUCGGAAAGAGAGCUUCCUGCGUUGUCGGAGGCAGGGAAGAUAUGCGUGGACAUCUUAAACGACAUGGCUAACUAUUCAGCAGACGUGUGUAGUACAUGUAUGAAUUACAAGGGUAUGUUGCGAUACCUCCGGAAGGCACUGGAAUUGUGGAGGGAACCUCUUCUUAAGGGCCAGCUCUCGCCUGAUCACGCCACUCACAUGUACACGUUCGUUGGACUGGUCCACAAUUCCUGUAUGUGUUGUUCGACGGUAACUGCUACUGUCCGAUCGUCCUGUAUCAUCACUGUGCUCAAGGAAAUUCUGCUGUACCCUAAACUCAGCAACGAGCACGGAAUGAUGGUCGUGGCUGCUAUUGCUGACGUGAUGGACGAAGGAGACAGUGACUCAGUGCUUCGAGAAAACGACAACUACAAGUGGGCAAAGUUAUUCAUAGAACACCUUCAAGAGGCAGUAAAAUGUUCUGCUUUACAACACAACGGAUGGUUUGCGUUUGAAUGUGGCCGAGUGUUACGACAGUUGUCUUGUUUUGACGCUAAUAAGAUGAUUUUAGUAGACCUGGGUACUUUGCCAGCUCUUGUUGAAUUAGCGCGGAUAGAUGAAGAAAUAUGUCUUUUUGAAGCGGUGACAGCAUUGAGUCAGUUGGCUUUUGAGCCCAAAGCCCAGAAAGUAAUGAUAGCGGAUGGGGAGGGAGAGUUAAUCCCCCUCUUAUUCAAACUGGCUGUUGAUUGCACGUUCAAGGAUAUAAGGGAGAUAGCACGUGGCACGAUUUGGACAAUGGGCGUUCCUCUGCGGAAAUCAUCAGUAUAUGGACCACAGGUGCAUACCUUAUUUUCCAAGAAAACGCGAGGCCAUAUAAUGAUAAGUUAUUCACGAGAGCAGAGACAGCUACUACUGGAUGUUCGGGCCGCGCUGGAGGAAAACAAAUUCACGGUGUGGAUGGAUGUUGACCAAAUGAGGGGAGACGUUUAUGAAAGAAUGGCGGAGGCUGUUGAAAAUGCAGCGGUCGUAAUGUUAGCUAUGUCCCGGAGCUACAAGAUGAGUGAAUACUGUCGGAGAGAGGCUGCUUACGCUGGAAAACUAAAUAAACAUAUAAUUCCACUGAAGGUAGAGAAGGACUAUGAUGCCGAUGGCUGGCUUGGUAUAAUGACUGCCGGCAUGUUUUUCUAUGACUUCGGCAGGAAGUCGUUUAAGACGAUAAUGGCAAAACUUCUCCCUGAACUUCAAAACAUGGCCUAUCGCGAGGGAGAGGCGGGGAACGAGCGCCGUCAAGCUGCUCUUCCUACUGAAGGGGUUCCAGUGCCUCCUCCCAUACAGUUACCUUCAUCAGUUGACUCGAAUAGCUCAAAGAUCUCGUCCCAAAAACAUCACGUGACGUAUAUGACUAAAAAGAAAUUCCGGGACAUUGACCAGACAGCAUUUUACGAGUGGUUGGACAGCUACCAGUUGCCAAGAAAGCGAUUUGAAUCUCUGAGGCCGAAAGACAUUUUGUACCUUGCCCGGAUGAAGGAGGAGGCCCCAGAAAGCUACCACACCUUAGGCAGAAAACUUUUCAAGGACAAAUUAGACCCAUGUUUGAAAACAAGGAUAAUGGCGGACUUGACGGAAGCACUCGACGACCUUGUAUAA